AUGACUUUUAUCGAAAAGUUGACUCUACGCGCGAACAAUGUGAAGGUUGAGGCGUUGGAGCCGAGAAAGAAACGGACGAGCUCCGAAGGCACGUCUUCCGGCUCCGGAUCGAGCUCCGACGAAGAGGGUAAGACGAAACAACCGCAACUAUUGUCUAUUCACAUUUUUGCGACUUUUCAGUCACUCCGACCGUCAUUCCACUCCAUAAGUUGUCGCCGGCGGCACAAUAUACAAACGUUCAGUUUAUGAAGUUGGAUUACGAGGACCGUAUGGAAAAUGGGUAUCCGUUUUGGGAUGAACUGAACAAAAAGGCGGUCUUUGCAUCGACUUCCAACGAUUGGCAUUUGCCUCAUGGUCAGUUUGAAAAAGUGGAGUGUUUCGCGGCGAUUAGAAGUCGAAGUUCAAGUCGAAUAAGUAUUGCUUACUUUUAAUGAGUAUUGUAGACUUCGGAGACAUUGUAUGACCUUAAAAAUUUUUGUGACGUAUGUUUAUGUCUAGUACUUCAUUUUUUUAGUUGACAACUUUUUUGUACCAGCACUCCUAGGAGUACUGUAGCGCUUGAAAGUUAGGGGCUCUUUAACUUUGCGCUCAACUUGGUCUAACUUCCAAGAGCUACAGUAACCUUUGGAGUGAUUUGACAAUAAAGGUGUCAACUACAAAAAUAUUGUGCUAGACACGAACUUUAAGUUUGUAGUUGACAACUUUUUUGUACACUCAUUCCGAAGACUACUGUAGCGCUUCAAAGUUAGGUCUUCACAAUUUUACACAAUACCUCUAAUUUCGUACGUUUCAGACUUGAAACGCCGGUGCGCCCGCUGCUGGCAAUCCAUUCACCUUUCUCCGGGCGGAACCCUAAAGCCGACCGUGUGCGUGUACCACGACCGCCCAAAAUGGAACCACGAGAUGGGCCAGAAGCAUUUGCCGUGUUGCGGAAGCCGUGCGGGCACGUCGAAAGGCUGCAUGAUCCAGGAGUUCCACGUGUUUCACGGGACCUGGAAACAGACGCUCGACGAGUUUGUCUGUUCCCCGAAAGCUCGCGGCACGUCGGAUUACAGAUCCAAGAAGAUCUAUGCGAUCGACUGUGAGAUGGUGUACACUUUGAAUGGGAUGGAGGCAGCGAGAGUCAGCGUUGUGGACGUGAAGGGCCGACUUGUGAUGGACACUUUUGUUCUUCCGUCUUUUCGGAUCUUGGAUUAUAAUACCAAGUUCUCGGGAAUCACCGCCAAAGACAUGGAGAACGCCGUCUCGCUGGAAGCGGUGAGUUUUCAGAUAUUGUAGAUCACUCACAACUAGCUUCAACUUUCUAGAGCUAUAGUAGCCUUCGGAGCAGUCUGACAAAAAACUUGUCAAUUACAAAAAUGUAGUUUAAGACUUUCACAUCACUUUUCUAGUUGAUCACUUUUUGAUACCAACACUCCUAACGUUACUGUAGCCCUUGGAAGCCGUACCGAUGCGUUUCAUGACCCCUAACUUCCAAGAGCUACAGUACUCUUAGAACCUGUCGUAGAAAAAAGUGGUAAACAAAAAUCAUGUACUAAAUUCGAGGUUUUCAAAUAAUUAACUAACUUUUUUCAGUGCCGGCUCCAACUGUUCCAAUUGAUAAACGAAGAGACGAUACUGGUUGGCCACUCGUUGGAAUCCGAUCUCAAGGCGCUCCGUCUCGUUCAUUCGAAUCUCAUCGACACUUCGUUGCUCUUUUCGGCUCCGAAUCAGUCAAAUUUCAUGAGAAUCAAAUAUUCACUGAAAACGUUGGCUGAAACGUACCUCCAGAAGAAGGUGCAAACUUCGGCGACAGGACACUCAUCGGUCGAGGACGCCACGAUUUGCAUGGAACUUGUGGGGACCGGAUACGUGUCCGGUGGUCCCCUAAUCCCUUAA